UCGAUGUUCAAACCUGAGCUGGAAGCCGUAAACUUAAACCCUGCGGUCUCCUCCACCCUCUGCUUCACUCUCGGAUUACAUCGGUGCGUCACGGACAUUUCGUUCGAGAUAACUUUCCCAGAAGAGAAGUUACCUAAGACCUGACUUCGGCAGGUAGAAGAAGUGGGAUGGUUAACCCGAAGACAGUCACUUGGGCAAGCGUGUAAAUGUGCUGAUAAGGCGUUUUUAUAAGUGGACCGUCAGUGACACGACGACAGAGCCGCUGCGCCACGCUGUCACUCUGAACCUGCGACUGCGUAAGUUAAUUGCAAGAUGAGUACAGAAGACCAAAUUGCACCGCUGUCUCCCAAAACAUCACCCGCCACACCAACCAUAACACCAUUUACACAACGAAAAGAGAGUAACUCCUCAUCGGAAGACAACAGACAGGACAGCUGGGAGUUGGUUGAGGACUUGCAAGGUUUGACAGAAAAUAUUCAGAAGCCUGAGAAGCUGGAAGGUUUGCUGUUGAAAAAGAGGAAGUGGCCAAUGAAAGGCUGGCAUAAGAGAUAUUUCCUGCUUGAAAGGGGCAUCCUUACAUAUGCCAAGACUGGGACUGAUCUGAAGAAAGGGAGGUUACGAGGUCGCAUUGAUGUUGGUCUCUCUGUCAUGGCCAUGAAGAAGAAGUCAAUGUGCAUCGACCUGGACACAGAGGAUAGUAUCUAUCACCUCAAGGCAAAGACUCGGGAUCUGUUUGAGCAGUGGGUGACUCAACUACGUCAUCAUCGAACGUUCCGUCAGAACGAGAUCACCAUGGAGCCUCCCGAGCUGCUGCUGCAAUCUGACCCCACCGCCAACAGACGACGUUCAUUUCUCUCCAAGCUGCCUUUAGCCCUGUUGAAGAACAGCUGGUGCCAAAACUCUCAAGACAUAGAGAAGUGCUGCAAAGAUCUGUCAGAGUGUGAGUCAGCGCUGCUGGAAUUAAAUUUGCUGCUGAAAAAUAUGGAAGUUCUUCACAGAACGUUCUCAGCACCUGCCAUUAACUUACUGCAGACUGAAGGCUCCAAAAAAGAGAAACGAGGACACAAAAAAUGGAGAUCAAAGAAUUAUAGCAAGGAAAAUAAAAACACACAGCAGCAAAACCCUGAUGCUUCAUCUUCCCGUCUGCAUGUAUCUCACCCGAACUUGAUAUAUUCAGAGCCUGUUUCACCAGACUCAUGCCUGGAUAGUCCAGACUCACCAACAGACGCCUCUCGAAUGCAGGAGGAGUUCUGUCGGCUCGCUGGCACUGUUCAUUCCACUCUUCGGUCAGCGUACACUUCACUUUGCACAGAAAGAGACCGAGUCAGGAACACAUUGGAUUGUAUCAGUGAGAAGGAAGUCCUCGUUGGAUCACGCCCUCUCCGGCAGCAGGUGUCCAGUGAGAGUCGAGGGUCAAUCCCAGAAUCCCUGUCAGAGUUUUUUGACGCUAAAGAGUAUCUGCUGUCUGGCAGCUCGUCUGAGAAUGAGGCGUCCGAUGAUGAUUCGUAUGUCAGUGAUGUGAGUGACAGCACAUCAGUAGAGUUUUGCAGGAAUGAGAACGGCGUUGCCAAGGAGAUUUUAAGUAACGGCAGCAACUGUGCGGUGAUGCGACGAGACCGUUUGCCGAGUACACGCAUGAACGAGAGCGUGAAUCUGUGGAGUAUUUUGCGUAGUAACAUCGGUAAAGACCUGUCGAAAGUUGCCAUGCCUGUCCAACUCAAUGAGCCCAACACCCUGCAGAGACUGUGUGAGGAAGUUGAGUACUGCCACCUGCUGGACACUGCUGCAAACACACACGACCCACACAUGCGCAUGGUGUAUAUAGCAGCAUUUGCUGUAUCUGCAUAUGCAUGCUCAUUCACUAGAGCAGGAGGAAAACCAUUUAAUCCUAUAUUAGGAGAGACAUACGAGUGUCUCCGGCAAGAUAAGGGCUUUCGCUUCAUUGCUGAACAGGUCAGUCACCAUCCACCUGUUUCUGCUUGUCACUGCGAGUCCAAAAACUACACAUUUUGGCAAGAUGUCCGGUGGAAGAAUAAGUUUUGGGGAAAAUCCAUGGAGAUCGUUCCAAUGGGAGUCACUCACUUAGAGCUGCCAGGUUUUGGGGAUCGUUAUGAGUGGAGCAAAGUCACUUCAUGCAUUCAUAACAUUCUGAGCGGUCAGCGCUGGAUCGAACACUAUGGGGAAAUGUCUAUCAAACACUCUACCACUACGGGAGACGUCAGUCAUUGUAAAGUCACGUUCCUUAAGUCAAGAUCUGGAGCUCUGAAUGCUAAUGAGGUAGAGGGCAUGGUCACUGAUUCAAAUGGGCGUGUUAUUCACUCUCUGUUUGGCAAAUGGAACGAGGCCUUGUAUCUGGGCAAACCGCCUUCAGCAACCUGCAUCUGGAGAGCAAAUCCCAUGCCCGAGGACCAUGAGCAGUACUAUGGAUUCACCCAGUUUGCAAUUGAGUUAAAUGAAUUGGAAGAGGGUUUAAAGCCACUCUUGCCCCUGACAGACACCCGUUUUAGGCCAGACCAAAGAUUACUUGAAGAGGGUGAUAUUGCUGGAGCAGAAGAACAGAAAGAAAGAAUUGAAGUACUCCAAAGAGAGAGGAGGAGAGUCCUGCAAGAAAACAACAUGACACACUCGCCCCGAUUCUUCAAACGUGCUGAAGACGACUCUUGGGUGAGCAAUGGCACUUACUGGGACCUCAGGAAGGACCCUGGAUUCAGCAAACUAGAAAUCCCUGUGCUCUGGUGACCGUCAGUGGAUUUGUGUCAUUUGACUUUUCCAUUUCUGCUUUCUCCGUUAUUCAUAUGCAAUCCUGCUGAGCACUGUGGGAUUUAAUGUACCAUGCCUAUGUUGAUGUUUUUGUAGUGGUAUUUAUCUUUGUUAAACACACACAUUUACAGCACAAGAUAGAAAGUGCCUCUAGAAACACAUUUAUGCCUUUCUUGUCAAACUGCCUAGCUGAUAUUUAGAUGUAAAUGCACUGACCAAUGACUUUUGUAAGUGUCUGGAUGUUAUUAGUGUAUUUAUAUUCAAUAUGCAAACUGAAAAAUCCUAUUACUUAAUCAAGUCAAUUAAAGAAAUCCUCAAAUUCAAUCAAUUCAGAUAAAUUACACAACAGUAAUAAUGAUUUAAAAUCUUAAAGAACAUACACUUAAAGGGAUAGUUUACCCAAAAAUUAAAAUUAGUCCAAGAUUUACUCACCCUCAAGGCAUGCUAGGCGUGUCUGACAUUCGUCUUUCUGACGAACACAUUCGGAGUUAUAUUAGACAUUGUCCUGUCUGUUCCAAUCUGUAUAAUUGCAGUGAAAGGUGCCCCUGUUUAUGAAUCUGAAAAAAAAUCUAUCCAUCUAAAACUACUACACACGGCUAUGGGGUGUUAAUAAAAGCCUUCUGAAGUGAAACAUUGCUUUAGUUUAAGAAAAAUAUAGUUUCUUAAAACUUUAUAUAUUGUAAUGUCCAGCAGACCUGUGCAAAAAAUCGAAUGCGAUUUUACACAGAGCUAUAGUUCACAAAUCACGUUCAAAAUCGCCUGUCAGUGAACUAUGACUCUGUGUAGUAAAUGCCUCUCCAUCUGAAAGCACGUGUUGGAGAUUUACUACUAAUCACAGGAGCGGUUUUACUGACGAGAUGCGCAUGAAAAUCAUAUUCAAUUUUUGCACAGCCCUAACAGCUUCAGGUCGCUUAAGCAGGCACGUUCACAAAAGGAGGUCGAGCAUAUGACAUAGGCGCAAGGAAAGGCACAACGUAAGAUCCGGGGAGAAAGUGACAAACGCAGAUGAACAGAUAAGAAAGCAAAACAAAACACCUGUCACAAACUUAUUUAAACAUCCCAGGUAUUGACAUAAACGCACCAUUUUAAUCAAAACAGAUACAAUUUUCUUGUUCACACGGUUUCCCUGUGCUGUACACAAAAGUUGGUUCUCGUGAGAUUACACGCUUCUCCCCAGAGCUUACUUUCGUGAGACUACAGUCUUUUUCUGGAUCUUACGUUGCACCUUUCAUUACGCUUACGUCACAUGCUUGACCGCCUUGUCGAGAACGUGUCUGCUUUAGAGACUGGGAGCUGGACAUUACAGUUGAUAAAGUUUUAAGAAUUAAAAUUUUUCUUAAACUAACACAUCGUUUCGCUUCAGAACGCCUUUAUUAACACCCCGGAGCCGUGUGGAGUAGUUUUACAUGGAUGGAUACUUUUUUUCUGAUUCAGAAACAGGGGCACUGUUCACUGCAGUUAUACAGACUUGCACAGACAGGACAGAAAGAGGAAUGUCAGACACGCCUAGGAUGCCUUGAGGGUAAAUCUUGGACUAAUUUUCGUUUUUGGGUGAACUAUCCCUUUAAGUUCACCCUAAAAUAAAGAAAUAAUAAAUUAUUUUAAUUAAGCCUAUAUUUUGGACCAUUGUGUUUUUGAUUUUUGUUGGAUUAUGACAUUUAUUUUUAUGGUCAUUCUCAUUACUGUAAUCUGAAAAAGAUGAUGUAUUUAAAUUGUAAUGAGUUUAUACAUCAUGGAAGUAUUUGUUAUAUUAGUAUUAUUGUUUUCUAUUCUUAAAUCAGCACAGAAUACUGUAUAAAAUAUCAAGCGUAUUACAGUAAUGAGAAUUUAGGGUACUUAAUUGUCUUGAAUUUAAUGUUGACUGGCAAAUAAAAAAAAAUCUUGGUCCUAAAAAUAGGAUUAAUGUUCUUUUAUACAAAAUUUUUUUUUUUGUUGUUGUUGUAUUAAGUAUUUGAUUUUGAGUGACCUGGUUUGCGUUAUUGAAAAGCAUUGUGAGAGUUAACCAUAGAGACCAUUGGUGGCAAUAGAUCUUACGAUGUACUUAUGUUUUGGGAAAUGCAGCCCUGGACUGACUGUUUUGAGAUUUACACCAGAAGUUUCUACUAUAAGCAUUUGCAAAAUGCAUAAUUAAUGAAUUGCUGACUCCACUUACACUCCACUUUAUAAUCAGGGAAUAUAGAAAUAAAAAAAUAUAUACAUAAAAAAAAAUUGAUUUAUGCAUAUUUAAAUGGAUUUAUCAUUCUUUAAAUGGUUAAUUAUAUAAAACUAAUAUAACAAUAAAUAAAAAUAUAUGUGUGUCAGAAAUUGUCUAAUGAUUGUGUAAUUGAUGGUAAUUUUGUGAAAUUAAGCAAGUGUCCUAUUGCAAGUAUGCCUUUACUUUUUAUGUAAUACCUUUGUAUUGUAACCAAAUACAAUUGUUAUUGGAGUUGUUUUAUUAAGAAAGUGGUUUAUUAAGAAAGACUCCACAUGAUAUUGUAUUUGAUUUAUUAAAAAAGUGGUUUAUUAAGAAAGACACCACAUGUUAUUGCUUUUGUUUUAGAUUUGUUUUAUUGAGAAAGUGGUUUAUUAAGAAAGACACCACACGUUAUUGUAUUUGUUUUAUUGAGAAAGUGGUUUAUUAAGUAAAACACCAGACUUGUUAUUUUAAGCAUUUAUUAGUAAAUGUUUAUAACAUUUAUAAGCAAGAGCACAGCUAGAGAUGACACGUGUAUUAGGGAGAGCUUUGAAGAAAAAAGUAGGUGGUCAUUAACUCAGCUGGUGUGUUUCAGAAGAAGCGUAGAAGACAGCAGUGCACAGAAUCCCGAAGAAGAAAAAUUAGAAGAUGCAAGGCCUCUUAUAAACAGCUUCUUAGGGGAUUUCCAGUAUGAUGUCACAAGACAUUGGGAUCCACCUGCUGUCUAUAAAAGAAGAAAGUGCUAGAUGAAAUCAGGUGCUGCUUCGAGACCACCUGAAGAGUUCUCCGGCACCAGAACCAUUGCUGAUAUUGCCUUGAGCAAAGAACCAUUGCUAUAUAAUUUGUGUUUGACUGUGCUCUAAAAACUUACAAAGUAAUGACAUAAACCAGCUUUGCAACGACUGCCAAAUCUCAACCUGAAAAAGCCAAACUGAUGAAUUUAAGUUGCUAUUUGAAGCGUGUUUCAAAUAUCAAUUCAAAUGUUUCAAAUAAAAAUUUAACUGUGAAA